AUGGACGAAACCGAGUGCCACUAUGCAGAUUAUGCUUGGGAUUCGACUGCGGACUCGGGCGAAGAUCAGAAUGACCACCCGAUGGAUGGCGAGUUCGGCGGCCUGUGCCCAGAGGCUAUCGAGUCGGCAGACCUAUUCCAGCAUCCUCAGAACGAUCGAUCUUCAUAUCCGGUGAUCGUGGCAGCAGACCUAUUCCAGCAUCCUCAGUCAUACCAAUCUUCCUGCCCGACAACGCCUGCAAGCAGCACGUUCUCCGGUUCGACAAUAUCUCCUCAGGUCGUUGUCAAUGGCGUUCCUCACACCGCCGGCGAGGUUCGACUCAUGGCAGAGUUACUCACCCAGGCUCGACAAAACAGCGAAUUGCCGCCUUCAAAAUACCCAAGCUCAAAUGCCGUUUCCAUCGUCGAGGACUGGAAUAAGCUGAGAGCCCUCCGAGAAGCACGUGGAGACCCAGCACUUGCGCCGCCCGAAGCUUACCUCAACCUGCGAGUCACCAUCGCCCAAGAUAUGCGAGAUCGUGACGUCAGGCUGGAGCAGGAAGCCGAGGACCAGAGAGGGAAUCAUUUCGUGAACUCUGCGUUAGCAGUGAUCCAGGAUCGAGGUCGACUCGCCGAGAUCGUUCAAAGCGCCGUUUCCAAAGUUGACGGCCAUGGGGCCAACAAUGUCCCCGAGGUUGAUAUUCGUGCUGUCUCCGAACACCUCCAAGCCAUAGUAGAGAACACCAUGCUUGACUCAUCCUCCCAACUGCGUUCUAAUAUCAGCCGCAUGGAUGGCCAAAUCGACGCCCUCAAAGCCCAGAUCGAUGUCUUGACCGGCGCAGCCAACGGACAAUUGGGAACCCUGGCCGUCGCUGCCAAUACGAUUCCUGGCACUGCCCAUGGACAUAUUUAUGAUGCCAUGCGGCACGCACUUAGAGACGUUAUGGCCGAGGCUCUUCGGACAGUCGAAUUUUCUGCGCAAGCUUCCCGAUCUCGGCACCCCUUCCCCGCCUUAGCUCAAACCCCCUUUCAAGAUCGACCGAGUGUAGGACCCCAUCAUACACAGGGCGGCGCUUUAGGACUGGUUGCCCUGCAUAAAGACAAAGUUACUCCGGCAAUAAGGACUCGGAAGCCACGAGGCCAUCGGCCUACGCGCCUGAAGGAAUAUAUGGGGAAGCUGUUCACCAAGAAGGAAACCGAGGAUUUGCCCUGA